AUGAGUACGAAGAAGGUGGAAGGACCAUCAGCUCCGGCGAAUCGUCGUGACCCUUACGAGGUGCUCUCUGUUUCAAGAGACGCCACUGAUCAAGAAAUCAAAUCCGCUUACAGAAAAUUAGCUCUAAAGUAUCAUCCGGAUAAGAAUGCUAAUAAUCCAGAAGCUUCUGAUCUUUUCAAGGAGGUUGCUUUCUCUUACAGUAUCUUGUCUGAUCCGGAGAAGAGAAGGCAAUACGACAAUGCAGGGUUUGAGGCUCUUGAUGCUGAUGGAAUGGAAAUGGAAGUAGACUUGUCUAACCUUGGAACUGUGAACACUAUGUUUGCUGCAUUGUUCAGUAAACUAGGUGUGCCGAUCAAGACUACUGUGUCUGCAAAUGUUCUUGAAGAGGCUAUGAAUGGAACUGUUACUGUGAGGCCUCUUCCUAUUGGUACAUCUGUUAGCGGGAAGGUUGACAAGCAAUGCGCUCACUUUUUCGGAGUUACUAUAAGUGAACAACAAGCUGAGUCAGGGGUUGUUGUUAGGGUAACUUCAACUGCACAAAGUAAAUUCAAAUUACUGUAUUUUGAGCAAGAUUCGAGUGGCGGCUAUGGAUUGGCCUUACAGGAAGAGAGUGAGAAAACAGGCAAGGUGACAUCAGCUGGCAUGUACUUCUUACAUUUUCAAGUAUACCGGAUGGACUCAACAGUCAAUGCGUUAGCUGCAGCCAAGGACCCUGAAUCCGCUUUCUUCAAGCGACUGGAAGGUCUUCAACCGUGUGAGGUCUCGGAACUGAGAGCUGGCACUCAUAUAUUUGCAGUUUACGGUGAUAACUUCUUUAAGACGGCAUCUUACACAAUUGAGGCACUCUGUGCCAAGACCUAUGAAGACACAACAGAGAAGUUGAAAGAGAUUGAAGCUCAAAUUUUAAGAAAGAGAAACGACUUGCGGCAGUUUGAAACUGAGUACCGAAAAGCUUUGGCUCGCUUUCAAGAAGUUACCACCAGAUACACUCAGGAGAAGCAAACUGUGGAUGAACUGCUAAAGCAACGAGACUCAAUUCAUUCGUCCUUCUCUGUCGUGAAGACACCAAGCAGCAGCAACUUGAGCAACGGAAGUAGCAGCAAAGCUCAGGGAGAUGAACCAAAAGGAGAUGGUGAUAGUGCUGGUGAAGAAGGUGGAGCAGAGAGUAGAGACAAAUCGAAAAGGAAAUGGUUCAACUUAAACAUAAAAGGAUCUGAAAAGAAGGUUGGUUGACACAAGAUGGUGAAUGUGUCGGUAUCUCAAGUCUCAUUGGUGUUUUUUCAUUCGUUUGUGGGAACUGAUCCGUUGUCACUGGUAUCUUUUGUGCGAUUAUAUAUGUUCAUUGGAAUGAUCCAUAGGCUCUUUUAAUGCGGAAGGAUUGUUGUGGUCAUAGAAAAGCUUUUCAAGUUGGGAUAUGCAAUACUUCUUUAUAUUGUAAGGUUUUGAAGUUACGUAU